UGAAGGCCUUGAAAUGAAUGCGAUCAAAGUAAUGUAAUUGAAAAAAAGAAAUAUCCUUUCCCAAGCUAGUAGUGUAGAAUGCAGAACUCUGCUAAGGCUUCUAUAUGGAUCGGCGCAAAAAGGAACACACUAGUUAUAAUUGAUAACUCUUCAUGCCUACAUUUUAUUAGUUCAUAAUUGCUAUGUUUUGUUGUUAACAAAAACGAAACAUUGACUUCCUGUAGCCUAAUCCGCACCCAUGCUCCACCCCUCCUAUGAGUGUUUCCGUGCAAUCCAGCCAACAAACAAACAGCAGUGAAUUGUCAAUUCAAAGGCAGCAAUAAAAACCCACACAUCUACUAAUAAUCAGUAGGAAAAUAAUGAGGAUGUUUGUAAAGAAAUGAAGUUGCAGUUUCUAUUUGAAAGCAGACUGUUUCCCCCACAGAGCUCUGUGAGUAGCUGACAAAUGAUAAGUGAGAUGGGUUCUGCAGUCAGUCCUGACAAGAUGUGAUCCAGGUACAGCUGACCUUGUCAACAAGUUGGCUUCAAGCCCAUCAGCGGGACCACAAGUGCCUCAGUAACCGAGCCGAGCCGAGCCGAGCCGAGUGCUUUGCAGGGUUGACGUGUUGGAGUCCAGCAGCUGCAUCUUAUCAUCCUAACUACGCCUGACUACUCUGAAGACACUGUGGGACUCCAACUCAUCUCCAGACUACCAAUGCUCUACAUCGAGUUUGUAGCCUCGCCAACUUGUCCACCUUUUGCCUCCUGAAGACCUCUUAAUCUUAUCUCGAACCCAUUCUGGCUCUUUGUCCCCGGUCUGCCGUUUGCCCUUGCUCCCUGCAAACCAGCACUCACCUCCUGCGUCCCACUGACAACCCGGACUCCUACCCCUGCAGACUGGUCCUCCUUGGAACCCUGCCUAUCCCGGAUCUGGUUCUCGGAGCCCCUUUUUCUUUGCUACCAAUCUACAAUAAACAUUCGUUCACAAACUGCCCUCCCUCUCCUCUCUGCAUCUGGGUCCAACUCGCGACCUCAAUCCUUAUAGAAACACUUUGACAUUUCAGAAAAUACAUUUGUUUUUUAAUUCUAGAGCUCAUUCCUCCCUUGGAUUGAAUACGCCCACAACUCCCUCACCAGCUCCGCCACCAUUAUGUCUCCGUUCAUGGCCUGCUACGGUUUCCAACCUCUGUUAUUUAAGGAACAGGAGCAUGCCGUGGCAGUUCCCACGGUAAGGGAUCACCUGAAAAAGGUCCAGUCCGUGUGGAAGGACGUCAGGGCGGCCUUGAUCCGGUCUGCGGAGAAGAAUAAACGGCUCACGGACCUUCGUCGUUCCCCUACGCCAGACUACAAGUGCUCCCUCCAUGUUCCCCGCCGUGCUGACCUCCUCCGCCACGCCACCAAGCAAUCCACCUGCUCACGCCACCGCUUGCCGCACGUUCCCCAUCUCGACGACCUACCAAUAUGCCCCCAAGGAUCCACCUGAAUAUCCGCUUCAAUAAACCUUUCACCACAACCCUUUCAGCCUCCGCUUGCGUCUGGGUCCCGUUAACAUCAGAUCGUGACAGAAAUGCUGUUAUGGAUUCAUCAGUACAAUAGUGACAUUUUUAAAAUACAUUUUCACAAUGGCUCACCAGGUGGCACGGUGGGCGACUGGUUAGAGCAGACAUGCCCAAAGUCCGGCCCCCGGGCCAAAUCCGGCCCGUGUUCAUAUUUCCACUGGCCCGAAGCCUCUGUCAUAAAACCAAUAAUAUGUGGCCCGGCAGUCCAAAAUACACGCGCAAUUUUAUAUUUCACCACAGGAUGGCAGUAAACUUGUGGCUGAACUCUCGCGGGGCCGUUUUGCGCAUGAUCUGUUUUUUGCCCUUUUCUAAAAUGGCAACUGGAAGUAAGAAAAGGAAAGUUGAUAGCGAGGGCCGACGUUUCCAGGACAAAUGGAAGUCUGAAUAUUUUUUCACUGAGUUUAGAAACCACUGCGUCUGCCUAAUUUGCCAAGAGACUGUGGCUGUGUUCAAGGAGUUCAAUAUGAAGAGGCACUACCAGACGGAACAUGCUAAUUACGACAAGCUAACUGGGAACGAACGCAGUGAAAAAUUGAAGCAACUGGAAGCUGGUUUAACGGCACGGCAACACUUUUUCACAAGAGCCAGUGAGUCGAAUGAAAAUACAACAAAGGCAAGCUAUGAGGUGGCAACGCUGAUUGCCAAGCACUGCAAACCUUUUACUGAGGGUGAAUUUAUUAAAGACUGUGUGAUGAAAAUGGUGGAGAACAUUUGUCCUGAGAAAAAGCAACAGUUCGCCAAUGUUUUCCUGGCUCGUAGCACUGUGUCACGAAGGAUCGAAGAAGUUUCUUCAGAUAUUAAGAGACAGUUGGACGCAAAAGGAAUGGAGUUUGAAUUUUUUUCGUUAGCCUGUGACGAAAGCACGGAUGCAUCCGACAGCGCUCAGUUACGGAUUUUUUUUAGAGGAGUGGACAGUGAAAUGAACGUGCGUGAAGAGCUACUUGACCUCCAGAGCCUUAAGGACCAAACAAGAGGGAAAGAUUUAUUUGCUUCUGUUUGUUCCGCCGUACAUGACACAAAAUUAAAGUGGAAUAAAAUCACGGGGAUUAUUACGGAUGGCGCACCUGCCAUGGUUGGCGAGCACAGUGGAUUAUCAACCCUAGUGUGUAACAAAGUAAGCGAAGAAGGAGGUAAAGCUAUAAAACUCCAUUGUAUUAUUCACCAACAAGUUCUAUGUGCCAAACCUUUUCCGUGGAUCUUAGUGACGUUCCAGCCCACCUGCAGUUGGAGCUCAUUGAGCUGCAGUGUGACACAGAGUGUCGCAGCCGGUACCAACAACUCCCUCUUGUCAACUUUUACCAGCAGCUGGAUAAAGACAGGUUCCAAGAGAUUCGUACAUUUGCUAAGAAAAUGUUGAGCUUGUUUGGCUCGACAUACUUGUGUGAGAAGACAUUCUCAGUCAUGAACAUGAAUAAGAACCGCGUGAGGACAAGACUAAGUGACUCCCACCUGCGUGACAUCUUGCGCAUUAAAACCACUGCUUUUGGGCCAGACCUGCCCCAUUUACUGCAGUCGAGAUCUCAG